AAAGAGAUAAAUUAAAAACGUCUUUCUCUUCUAAUAGAAAUGCGCCAUCCCAUUUUUUAUUUGUAUUGCAGUAGUGAUUUCACAACAAUGAGGAUGCAAAUGAAUCGAAAUGAACGUAUGUUAACAUAAGUCAAAGCGAGGAAGUCUGUGUAAAUAUUACCUCGUCUCGUAUAAACUGAGCGGAAAUGAUCUGUGAUACGAAUUGAAAAUAAUUAAAUUUUAGUGAUCUACUAACGAAUUAAUAUAAAUUUUGACGAUACAUAUUUCAUGCAAGGAGUGUUAUGAUUUUGGGAAGAUACCGCUUUCUGUCAACAAUUGACUACCGAACUGCAUUACCCAAAAAGUGGUCAACCCAAAAUUGUGGAGUACCCGGACAUAUAUUACAAAGUAAUUUUGUAUCACUAAACAAACCUCUGUAUUUAACCAGGAUAAAUGAAAGGUCACUGAGUGCACCAUUGUUCGAAAAUAUGGCAUCAACGAGUAAUCCUGAAAGUGCAGAGAGAAAAAAUCGUCUGAAUUCAGAGAAGUCGCCGUAUUUGCUGCAGCAUGCCACAAAUCCAGUUGAUUGGUAUUCGUGGUGCGAUGAAGCUUUGAAGAGAGCAAAGAAAGAGGACAAAUGUAUUUUUUUAUCUAUCGGUUAUUCCACGUGCCAUUGGUGUCACGUCAUGGAAAAAGAAUCAUUUAAAAAUAAGCAAAUCGCCGAAAUAAUGAACAAGUACUUUAUCAACAUAAAAGUAGAUAAAGAGGAGAGGCCAGACAUCGAUAGGAUAUACAUGACAUUCAUACAAGCAACGAGCGGACACGGUGGGUGGCCGAUGAGCGUCUUCCUCACACCUGAUUUAAGACCCAUAGUCGGUGGAACUUAUUUCCCUCCAGAAGACACAUUUAGACAAACAGGAUUUAAAACAAUUUUACUCAACGUUGCCCGAAAGUGGAACGAAUCCAGAAGUAAACUAGCAGAAGUUGGUUCCAGCAACCUUGAAACUUUACGAAAUAUUUCGAGAAUUCCGCACACGUCUAAGAUACACGAUAUACCUCCAUUGGUAUGUGGUAACAUGUGUGUUCAACUACUUGCAAGCGAAUUUGAGCCUAAGUUUGGUGGAUUUGGUUCCUCGUACAGUAUGCAAUCCCCGAAGUUUCCGCAACCGGUGAACUUCAACUUCUUGUUUCACAUGUAUACACGCGAUCCUGAUAGCGAUUUCGGCCCAAAUUGCUUGCAUAUGUGCGUGUACACUUUGAGGAAAAUGUCUUACGGCGGCAUUCAUGAUCACGUGGGCCAGGGCUUCUCGAGAUAUGCUACAGACGGAGAAUGGCAUGUUCCACACUUUGAAAAAAUGUUAUACGACCAGGGUCAAUUAAUGAAGUCCUAUGCCGAUGCGUACCUGGCGACCAAAGAUAAUUUUUUCGCUGAAAUCAUAGAUGACAUCGCGACAUACGUACUAAGAGACCUUCGACACGAGAAAGGUGGAUUUUAUAGUGCUGAAGAUGCAGACUCUUAUCCGACGCAUGAUGCAGGUGCGAAAAAAGAAGGUGCUUUUUACGUGUGGACCGCUGCAGAGAUCAAUUCACUUCUCGAUACAGAGAUUUCUAAAGAUAAUAAUACUAAGCUAUCGGAUAUAUUUUCUAGGCAUUUUAAUAUAAAGGAAUCGGGAAAUGUAAAACCGUCCCAAGAUCCACAUGGCGAGUUGACAGGAAAGAAUGUGUUAAUGGCAUACGACGAUAUCGAGGAAACUGCUAAACACUUUAAUCUUAGCGUCGAAGAAACGAAGACACAUCUCAAGGAGGCAUGUUCUAUUUUAUAUAAAGCGAGAUCUGCAAGGCCGCGUCCUCAUUUGGAUGAUAAAAUUAUUACAGCAUGGAAUGGUCUCAUGAUAACCGGCUUAGCUUUCGGAGGUGCGGCAGUUGACAAUAAACGAUAUAUUGAAUGUGCGGCAGAUGCGGCGAAAUUUAUCGAACAACAUCUGUUCGAUGAGAGCAAAAAUAUGUUACUUCAUAGUUGUUAUCGCGGUGAAAAAAACACGAUUACUCAAAUGCGUAAACCGAUACCUGGUUUCUUAGAUGAUUAUGCAUUCGUUAUAAGAGGAUUGUUAGAUCUGUAUGAAUCUAGCCUGAACGAGAAAUGGUUAAAGUUCGCUGAGAAGUUGCAAGAUCUUCAAGAUCAGUACUUCUGGGACGAGGAAGACGGCGGGUAUUUUACGACGACGUCGAGGGAUCCGAGCGUGAUCGUCAGGCUCAAGGAAGCUUACGACGGAGCGGAACCAUCCGGUAACUCGGUCGCCGCUGAGAAUUUACUGAGGUUGGCCGAUUACUUGAGUCGCGACGAAUUCAAGGACAAAGCGCUGCACCUUUUCAGAGCGUUCAGGCAUUUGCUGAUGCAGAGAUCCAUCGGAGUUCCACAGCUAACGUCGGCGCUCGUUCGCUGCCACGAUGAUGCAACGCAGAUUUACGUGGCUGGGAAACGGGGCGCCAAGGACACCAACGAUUUGCUUCGCGUUAUAUAUAAACGUUUGAUACCCGGCAGGGUUCUCAUCUUAAUCGAUCACGACGAGAGGGACAGCGUGUUUCGUAAAAACGAGCAUUUCGAUAAUAUGAAGUGCAUAGAUGGUCGAGCAACCGCUUACGUGUGCAAGCAUACCUCGUGUUCCUUGCCUGUUACGAGUCCCGAGCAGCUGUCAACGUUACUGGAUGAAAACUGAUAAAAAACAUUUUGUUAAUGAAACAAGUAGAUCGACAGAAGCAAGAAAAUUAUCGAAUUUUGUUGAUGUUCUGUAACCAAAUUAUGUAUAAUAAAAUCUAAUGAAUCUCAAGUGAUGAUAUGCACUGUAUUAUAUCGCAAUAAAUUUUAACAGGUAUAUCAAUAUUUGUUGACUAUGCUUGUAAAUAUUAUUUGUUUUAAUAAAACGGAACGUUUAAAAAUA